AUGAAGCAACUGGUGUGCUCGAAAACAUUCAAUCUUAAAGAAGCCAUUAACGCUAGAGAUAAUGGAGGACGAACUGCCCUACAUUUAGCCAUUAACGGUAACUUACACAGUGAUCUAGUGGAGCUACUUAUGAUCGUGGGUUCGCUUGAUGUGAACAUCUGUGAUAACGAUGAGAUGGCUCAACUUGAUCUUCUUAAGCAACGGCCACGAUCAGAUUCAUCAGAAUUGCUGACUAGACAACUGAUCUCAGCCGGAGCAACUUUCGGUAGUCAAGAUUACACAGCAAGAAGAAUGAUUGCUUCCCAUUUGAAAAUGGGCAGCAUUGGUGGUGGUGGUAGUCCAAGAACUUCUUUCAAACUUUCUGAUUCUGAAAUGUUUCUAUACACUGGGAUGGAUAGUACUUCCUCCACCACUACCUAUGGUACUCCAGUGUUCAGUAUGCAUUCCGCAGAUCUGAGUCAACUUGACUCGAGUUCGAACUCAAACUCUGAAUCCAAGAGCCCCAAAAAGAAUAAGCAGAAAGGGAUACAGCGAUUCCUUCAGUGGAUUAGAAGGAGAAAAGGAGGAAAUGAAGGUAUGAUUUUGACAAGAAACUUGAAUGAAAUCCCAGUUUCUUUGAGAGAAAGAUACUCAUCACUUCCGAACAACAAGAGAACACUCGCUGCAAGAAGCAAUCUUGUUAGCCCGACMGUYAAAAAGAAAGUUGCUUCUGGAUUGGUURAUGGAGUUAUGCAGGCAAUGCCACAUUUGAACCAAAGAUCGGGAUCUAAUUCGCAAAGUUCAUUGGAUGACAAAGAUAUGAGAGUCGAUGUGGUGGGUUCAUCGAGCUCGAAUCAGAUGUUUGAUGAUGGAGAUGAUGAAGAACAAGGGGUGGCGAAUAGCAGAAGGCUCUGGUGCUGA